GGAGAAGGACCUAGAUUUGCAUGAAACCUGCAGUCUUCCACAUGACCAGCAGAGGGUGAUAAGCUCACCUCUCCCUCGUUUGAGUACCUCAGUGAACACUUUCCAGCUUGGCAACCACCCGGAUUCUGACUCUGGCUAUAAUCAACAAACCUUUGUGCUCUUUAAAUCAACGCUCCAAAGUUGUGACCGUGUGCGUGUGUGUGUGUGUGUGUGUGUGUGUACCUGUGUGAGUAGGAUGGAUGCAGCUGACGACAUGGACGAAGACGAACUCCUGGAGUACAACGUUCAGAUGAGCAUUCAGGAGUCGUGUCAGAUGAACCGUCUCAGGGGAUCAGAGAGGAGGGAACUUCUGAAGGUCGUGGGCGCCAUCAAACGAGGUGACAUGUUGACUCUGCAGGAGCUCUGCGACUCCCCUGGAGUUUUCAGUCAGGUGGACGAGACAGGAUGGUAUCCUCUGCACUGGGCGGCGGUCCAACCCGUGGUCCAGGUCCUGGAGAUGGUGCUGCACGCUUCUUACAGUCUGACUCUGGAGGAGAAGACGUCCGAGGGAGAGACCUUCGUGACGUUAGCCGUGAAAGACGACCUGGUUGACAACGUGAAGCUGUUACUGAAGCAUGGAGCUUCUCCUCACGCCACCAACAGCACCAACGAAUCCCCUCUGCUCCUAGCAGUCAGAGCCGGAUCUUAUCGGAUGGCGUCCACCCUGAUCACCGGAGGAGCCCGGGUGGAGCAGGUGUGUCUGAAGAAGUGGACGGCCAUGCACGAGGCCUCCAGGGCCGGCUGUGCUCACGUGAUGGAGCUCCUCCUGCAGAAGGGAGGUCAGGUGUCUGAGACAGACCAGCAUGGGGUCACUCCUCUGGGCAUCGCCGCAGAGUACAGCCACCCUGAGGUCCUGGAGCUCCUCAUCAAACACGGUGCGGAUGUGAACGCCCAGGCACCGAAUGGCGACAGCGUCCUGUACGAUGCUGCUGGUUCAGGGAAUCCGGACUGCAUCGACAUCCUGCUGCAAAACGGAGCCAAUCCGAACCUCCGCAACCUGAGCUCACAGCUGCCCAUCCACCACGCCGCACACGAGGGACACUACCUAGCUUUAAGGAUCUUCAUCCCGAUCACCACUCGACGAGCCCUGCGUCUCUCCGGCCACAGCCCCGUCCACUCCGCCGCUGACGGAGGCCACGCCCACUGCCUGGAGCUCCUGCUGCAGAGCGGCUUCGACGUCGACGCCCAGUUAGCACCUCACAUCUCAGAAAACUACGGCGACAUGAGGAGAAGUCCGCUCUACUUUGCCGUCUCCAACGGUGACGCCACCUGCACCGAGAUUCUGCUGCGGUCGGGGGCCAGACCCGACCUGGACCCGCUGCGCUGCCUCCUGGUGGCGGUCAGAUCGGGGCGGUACGAGAUCGUGAAGCUGCUGCUGGCGGCCAAAGCGGACGUGAACUGUUACUUCACGGUGGUGAACGACACGGUGUUCCCCACGGCGCUGCAGUACUGCCUGAAGGACGAGGUGAUGAUGAGGCUGCUGCUCAACAACGGCUACGACGCCGAGAAGUGUUUCUGCUGUAACCACGAUGACGACGACUGGGAGGACCUGAGUGAGUUUGGUUACUCACAACAGGAGGAAAAAGUCCCUUUCUGUGACUUUGUCAGCGUCUCCUGGCUGGUGAACCUGGUCGGCCGGGUGGUCUCGAUCCUCCUCCAGUACGUGGGUCCAGUUUCCCUCUGCAGCAAACUGACCCGCAUCCUGGAGCAUCAACAGGAGUGGCCUCACAUCCACGGGACCGUCAGUAACCCUCGCUCCCUGGCUCACCUGAGCAGAGUGGUGAUCAGGAAACACCUGAGCUGCAGGAGUCUGACGUCGGUCCUGCUGCCCAACAGGCUGAAGGACUUCCUGCUGUUCAGAGACGACGACCUGUAUGCCAAAAUCAUCUGCAGGGAGGACUGAGGACUUCGUCUUUAAACUAUUCUAUCAAGAUACUUCCAGGAAGGUUUCAGAGACAAAUAGUCAAAUCUGAAGUCAUCUCUCGUACUAGAACUAGAAGAGCUCAACGUCUCUCUGCAGGGUCAGAUCUCCUGUAUCUCUGUUAAUGUUUGUUUUUAAGCUGUAUGAUGGGCAUUACCAAAGGUUAUCACUGUCCAUGUUCAUUCUAGAGUCAUUACACAACCAUGUAGCGGUGCAACUAAAAACUACACACCAGUGUUUCAAAUAAAGGCCUGGUUCUCUUGUAAUGCAGUUAAAUAUAGAUCUCUGCUAGCUGUGUAAACUGAUGUCAUGC